GCAGACUCGGGGUCCAUAGCUGCCCGGGCUCAGGUGUGUCAGCGGGCCGAGCACAGCUUCGCAGGGGUGCCCUGUGGCAUCAUGGACCAGCUCAUCGUACUGCUGGGGCAGAAAGGCCACGCGCUGCUCAUUGACUGCAGGUCCCUGGAGACAAGCCUGGUGCCGCUGUCAGAACCUAAGCUGGCCGUGCUCAUCACCAACUCCAAUGUCCGCCACUCGUUGGGCUCCAGCGAGUACCCUCUGCGGCGGCGCGAAUGUGAGGCAGUGGCCCGGGCGCUGGGCAAGGAGAGCCUUCGGGAGGUGCAGCUGGAGGAGUUGGAGGCUGGCAGAGACCUGGUGAGCAAGGAGGGCUUCCGGCGUGCACGGCAUGUCGUGGGUGAGAUCCGGCGCACGGCCCAGGCAGCAGCAGCCCUGAGCCGCGGAGACUACCGAGCCUUCGGCCGCCUCAUGGUGGAGAGUCACCACUCGCUCAGGGAUGACUACGAGGUGAGCUGUCCGGAGCUGGACCAGCUCGUGGAGGCCGCGCUGUCUGCACCUGGGGUCUACGGCAGCCGCAUGACCGGUGGUGGCUUUGGCGGCUGCACCGUGACCCUGCUGGAGGCCUCCUCCACCUCCCAAGCCAUGCAGCACAUACAGGAGCAAUAUGGCGGUACUGCCACUUUCUACCUCUCUCGGGCGGCCGAUGGUGCCAAGGUGCUGAGCUGCUGAGGCACCGCCCGGGGAUGGCACCCCGGGGGCAGGGGGCCUACUGGGCAGCACGUCACGAAGCUCCAGGCCUCUGGCGCUGCCCUCUGCAUCUGGCUGCUCAAUAAACUUGUGCCUCCCACCA